CAUUUUACACCCCUCAUAGCAAACAGAGGCAAUAACACAUUUCCGAAAAGUAACUCACACACAUAAAUUCAAAGUUCAGAUAUAAUCAAGCAAAGAAAUAGUUUCGAAAAGUUUUUGUUUUAGGCAGUGGUUUGUUUUUAUUGUCGUAUGUCCAUCCAGAAUUUAAACACCCGUGACCCCUUUGCUGAUGCAAUCAAGGGCAAUGAUGAUGAUAUUCAAGACGGUCUUGUGCACAUAAGAAUCCAGCAGAGGAACGGUCGCAAGACAUUGACCACUGUCCAGGGCCUUUCCGCGGAGUAUGACUUGAAGAAAAUAGUUCGCUCCUGUAAAAAGGAAUUUGCCUGCAAUGGGACUGUAAUCGAGCAUCCGGAGUAUGGUGAAGUUCUUCAACUUCAGGGCGAUCAACGCGAGAACAUUUGCCAAUGGUUGACCAAGGUGGGACUAGCUAAGCCAGAUCAAUUGAAGGUUCACGGCUUUUAAGCUAAUGCUAAUGCUGCUGAUUUAUUAUUGAUGCCAGGGAACAACAAUAACAACAAAUUGUUGUCUGUCUGUGUGGAUUUGCUUCAUACAAGAAAAAAAAACAAAACGAAAGUCUUUCAUUCUUAAGCUACAUCAAGAAAAGUUCUUUGUUCAAAUUUAACUAAUAACACCAACAAUUACAACAACAACAACAACAACAAUUCAAAUAACUUUAUAGAACAUUUAGGUACAUUUAAAGACAUCAAAAAGCAAUAGACCAUUUACUGCUAAAUAAUGUUAUAAAUAAAAUUAAAUGUUCAGUUUAAAACAA